UAUUUUAAUGCACGUUAUGCCACACUUAAUUUCCGAGAAAAAGGAAGGAGAAAAAACUAACUCGAAGAAGGACAUAUCUAACUUGAUUUAACUAUAAUUUAAUGACCAUUUCAAAAAGAGAGAGAGAGAAAAAAGAAAAGAAAAAAAUAUGACUAUUAUACAAAACAAGUGUUUUUCUUUUUAGCUUCUUCUACCUCUGAUCUCUCUCUAUCUAUACCUUGAUGAAACAAGAAUGAGUAGCUUUAAUGGAGGACAAGGCAGCUAACAUAGUAGCUGUUUCAACAGUGCUCUCUGUACUCAUCUUGAUCAUCGUAACUGGAAUCGCUCUCCAUUUAUCCAAGGCCUUCUUUCUCAUCUGCGGCGCUGGUAUUUCCGUAAUUAUUGCUGUCUUUAUAUGGCUCAUAAUCAGACACAAUUACAACCGAAGUCGGAAGCAGCUAGAAUCGAAACACGUCACCGAAGGUCGAGAGCUCCGGAUCGAGUACAGUUUCCUCCGUAAAGUCGCCGGGGUCCCCACCAAAUUUCGGUUCAAGGAGAUUGAAGAAGCCACCGAUAAUUUUCAGGCAUUGCUAGGUAGAGGCGGCUCCGCGACAGUCUUCAAAGGCAUCCUCGCCGACGGCACUGCCGUCGCGGUCAAAUGCAUCGACAGCGGUGGCAGCGAUAAGGUCGAUCGCGGCGAGAAGGAGUUCCGGUCCGAAGUCGCCGCCAUCGCUAGCGUCCAACACGUAAACUUAGUCCGCCUCCUCGGCUACUGCACAGUCCCCGGCCGUGGGCCUCGGUACCUAGUCUACGAUUUCAUUGCCAAUGGAUCCUUGGACGGUUGGAUCUUCCCGCCCCGGGAGGAAGGCACUAACCACCCAAAUAGAAAUAUUAACCGCCGCUCCAACCGCCGAGUAGGUUGCCUGUGUUGGGACUUAAGGUACAGAGUUGCCCGAGAUGUGGCGAAAGCGCUGGCCUACCUCCACCACGACUGCCGAUCUAGGGUUUUGCAUCUCGACGUGAAGCCGGAGAAUAUUCUACUGGACGAGAGUUUUCACGCAAUCGUCGCUGAUUUUGGGCUCUCUAGGCUUAUGGGGAAGGACGAGAGUCAAAUCUUGACGACAAUACGAGGAACAAGAGGUUACCUAGCUCCAGAGUGGAUCCUCGAACAUGGGAUAUCGGAAAAGUCCGAUGUUUAUAGCUACGGAAUGGUUUUAAUAGAGAUGAUCGGUGGUCGUAGGAACACCGUUAGUCGUCCCGCCGUUGGUAGGAAAAAAGAAAAUUCGUCUGGCAGUAAAAAAUGGGAGUACUUCCCCAAGAUUUUGAACGAGAAGAUGAGGCAAGGGAAGAUUAUGGAAGUUGUUGACCGGCGACUGAUGGCGGAGAACGGCGGCCGCGGCGUGGAUGAGAAGGAGCUGAUGAGAUUGGCUUAUGUGGCCUUGUGGUGCAUACAAGAACGGGCCAGGGUGCGGCCCAGUAUGGCCCAAGUAUUGGAGAUGUUAGAGGGCAGAGUGGCGGUGGAAGAACCGCCAGAUACGAAAAUGGUGGUCGUUGACUUGUUGUCCAUCGAUGAUGAUGAUCCAACGGCACCGCAUCUAGCUGCUUUUAGUGUACGUGAUAAAAGUAAUCAUAAUACGACGUCGUCAAUCUACUCCUCCGCAAUGUCAGUGUUAUCUUGUGGGCGGUAGGUGCUUUCAAUUAUUUUCUUUUAUAAAAAGAACAUAUUUAUUUUUCUUUUUCUGAAAAUAUAAAUGGCUUUUUUUUUUCAUUGUUCCAGCUAUUUCUAAAUUUCAUUCAAUUAUCUAUUGGUCUUGGAUAAUUAUUUCAUUGAGCCAAUAAUAUGAUAAGUUUGGCAGUUGGCCGGUGAA